AUGACAGCCCCGUACAUCAAGUCUUACUAUGACACCGCCGUGACGAAAGCUGUCUCUGGCCAGCUACAAUCAAUCAAUGUCCGGGUCGUUCUCGAGUUCGUCUUUGUUCUUUCUGCUAUCUACUGGUCGUCGGUAUGGCUCUAUCGAAUCACCCUCCAUCCACUGGCGCGGUAUCCGGGUCCCAAGCUGUGGGCAAUUUCGUGUCUGGUGCAGACCUUUUAUGCAAUAAAGGGCGAGUUCGCGUUCAAAGUUGCCGAGCUACACGCUACAUACGGGCCGGUGGUGCGUCUCGGCCCGUCCGCCGUGUCCUACAUUGACGAGAGGGCCUGGGAGGAUAUCCACGGAAAACACGACGGUCGCAAGCAGCUUAAGAAGGCUAAAGAAUUCGUGCCGACAAGCCCACCGAAUGGGGCUCAGGGACUAGUCUUUGUUCGAGACGACAAGGCUCACGGGCGCAUCAGACGCAACUUCUCCCACGGCUUCUCAGAUAAGGCCCUCCGAGACCAGGGAGGCAUCAUCGGGCGGUACUUUGACCAGCUUCUGGCGAAGCUCAGACGAUCGGCCGCGCAGGAUGAGCCGGUCAACAUGAUGAAGUGGUAUCAGCUCACCACGUUUGACGUUGUUGGCGAUCUGACUUACGGCGAGAAUAUUGGCUGCUUGAAUGAUGAGGCCUAUGAACUACAUAAAUGGAUCGAUAAUCUCUACUACAUCGUCAAAGCCAUGUUUCUGCUCGGCUUCAUGAGAGACUUCCUCCGCCUGGACCAGCUGCUCUUAAUCGUCAUGACGUCCGACAAGCUGCCGCUCAAAAAGAACAAACACCGUAUUCUUUUGACCGACAAACUCAACCGUCGCCUCGACUGCAAAGAGCCCCGGAGCGACUUCAUGGAAUACGUGAUUCGCAACCUCAACACCCCGACCGGCAUCUCCUACGAAGAGAUGCUCAUGACUUCGUCCAACAUCCUCAUGGCAGGUGCCGAAACCACGGCCAUGACCCUCUCCGGUGCAACGUACCUUUUAUGCCGGAACCCGGAGGCACUCGCCACCGUCACCGCCGAAAUCCGCGGCGCGUUCGAUUCAACUGCGGACAUCAACAUGACGACAACCACACAAGACCAUCUCCCCUAUCUCUCUGGGGUCAUCGAGGAGACGUUGCGACUGUUCCCGCCCGUCCCGACAACCCUGCCACGCGUGACCCCGCCGGAAGGCCACUUCAUUGCCGGGCGAUUCGUCCCCGGAAACUCCAAAGUCUUUGUCAACCAGCUCGCUGCCUAUAGAUGGCCGGGACAUUUCGCUGCGCCCUCCGAGUUCCGGCCCGAACGCUGGCUGAAGGGCGACGGAGGAGUCGAGGGCACGCCGUAUGACGGAGAUGUUAGGGGCGUGCUGAAGCCGUUUUCCACUGGCCCGAGAAAUUGCAUCGGGAAGCAUCUGGCGUACGGGGAGAUACGCACCAUCCUCUCCAAGAUUUUGUGGGAGUUUGACCUGCAGCUCGCUCCCGAGAGCAGCGACUGGAUGGAGAGUCUGAAGAUCUACGGCGUAUGGGAGAAGAAGCCCCUGAUGGUUCGGUUCCGCCCUGCCGUUAGAGGGUGA